GGCAAUAACACAUGCGCAGUGACCCCGUGCGGACAAAGUGGUAAAAACAAUUAUAAUCGUGAUUCAACUACGUAUCCCACAAUGCACCUGAGUUGUCGGUUAGUUUUGCUUCCGAGUCAAUUGAAAUGAACGUUGGAGACACAUUUCUACCGGCGAAACGUGAAUUAAUAGACGGGAAACACACUUUCAGUGUCUCUCACGGGUUCCACAUGAGAUGCUUGUGUUUUUUUAAGCCUCCUCACACCUGCCGGGAUGGAUCUUGGUAAGGCAAAGCUGCUUCGGACAGGUCUCAACACUCUACACCAAGCCAUUCACCCUGUGCACGGGAUAGCAUGGACAGACGGCAAGCAGGUCUGCUUGACAGCUCUCUACUUCAUCAAUGGUGAGGUGAAGUUCGGGGACACCAACGUUAUAGGGCAGUUCGAGCAUGUCUUAGGGCUCUUCUGGGGCCCGCUGUGCUGCUCUGACUCCCCUGCCUUGCUGGCUGUUCAGCACAAGAAACACGUUACCGUGUGGCAACUGCAGCUCAGCACCCUGGAGCAGAACAAGCUGCUGUGCACUCAGACCUGCGAGAUGAGUGAGCCUUUCCCCUUGCUCUCCCAAGGCUGCGUGUGGCAUCCUAAACUGGACGUGCUAGCUGUGUUGACCAAGAGGGACACUUCUGUGCUGUUUUCUGUCAGGGUGGACAACAGGAGAAUCAAAGCAGAUAUCAAAGGUAGUGGACUCAUCCACUGUGCAUGCUGGACUAAGGAUGGUACACGCCUGGUGGUGGCUAUAGGCAGUGCUCUUCAUUCUUAUAUCUGGAAUGACAUCCAGAAGAGUCUGGUGGCCUGCUCCUUUUGCCCCAUCUUUGAUGUGGGAGGCUACAUCUGUGCCAUCGAGGCCACGGGGGAGGCGCAAGUAGCCGUGGCCACGGAGCUACCUCUAGACAAGAUCUGCGGGUUAAAUGCAGGCAUAGCCUUUGACAUGACGUCAGAGGCAGUGUCCCUGCAGGGCCAAGGCUCGCAAGUGGUCAUGUCAGAUGACGACAGCCUUCUGGACUCGAGAAGGAGGUCAUUUGAAUCAGAGAGAUCCUACAUCCCCAGCUCAGGCCCCCUGGAUCUCACCCACCUCCUGGCGAGACACCGUCGUUCUGACCCCAGCCCCCUUAUCCACCUGCGACGCAGAGACACUCUGACAGGUUCUGGACAGGACUCCUCUCACCUCAUCCUAGUCACAUAUGAGCGCAAAGUCACUACCACACGCAAAGUCAGCAUCCCUGGGAUUCUGGUUCCAGACAUUGUUGCUUUUGAUCCCCGUGGUUCCACGGUUGCGGUGGCUUCCAACACGUGCAACAUGGUGCUUGUGUACUGCAUCACAGCCUCCGCAAUGCCAAACAUUCAGCAGAUAUCUCUGCAGACGAACGAGAGGCCUAAAGGAGUCUGCUUCCUCAGUGACAAGAUGCUGCUGUUGAUGGUGGGCAGGCAGAAGUCCAACGAUCCUGCCUUCCUCCCAUCCUCUAACACAGAUAAAUAUAUCCUCCGUCUGUUAGCCAAAGAGUUGGUAUACAAUGGAGAGACUCCUGUCACACCACCCCCCUCUGUUCACAGCCAUGAGUCCGUUUCUAACUUCUGCGCAGGGAUUAGGAGGCAUUCUGAGCACCUAUCUAAGGAUGACAGGGAGCGCCCAGGGAUAAAGGACUUGGUGUUGCCUGGAGGGGGAGUAGUUCGUUCACCAGGGAACAGGCGGAGGCUGGUGGAGGAGGUGAGGAGCGGCGAGCCCAGCCCUGUCACCAGCUCCGUGGACUUCUCUGACCGAGCAUCAGACAGAGCCCUCUCCAGUGCCUCCUCCAUCACAGUGGAGAACUUCGACAUGGACCACGUCAACCGCAUGAGCAGCCUGGCGGUGGCCGGCCAGGCCAGCAGAGACUCCAGCCGGGCCAGUUCUCCUCGCUUCGAGCCGUCGGACAAGCUUCACAGCGAGCCCACACUGCCCAUGCCAGAAAAGACACCGGGUCCUGGCAAGGAGCGUGCGCUGGAGCAGCUCGUCCACAACAUGGAGAGGCUUUUUACUCGCUUUGCAGAUGUGCAGCAGUGCCUGACAGAAAUCAGAGAUUAUACCCAGAACGGCAAGAAGGCCCUGAGUGUCUACCCCAAUGCCUCCGAGCCCCCCUAUGUCAAUGUCACAUGUCAGAAGCAGUUGUCAGAAAAUGUGUUCAUUGACGAGCGGAGGCCAGUGCUGCUGUGUGACGGGAAGCUUUGUCUGCGAGCCCUCCAAGACCUCUUCAACCUAACUAUAGUAGAGAUGAUGUAUGGUCCAUUGUGGAUUGUACUUGUGGCGGAUGCAGACGGCUUCGUACCUCUGACCUUCAAGCCCAAAGAGGAGCUCACAGUGCGGAACGGGAAGCGGAAAAGUACCCUGCGGACUCCUGGCAGUCCAGAGAACUCUUGCCCAUCCAGUCCAGCCCCUGGCCAAAACCCCAGCACAGCCACAGAGGCCUCGAUAUAGUGCCUCUUAACACACACCUCAGUUUAUGGACUUAUACAGUCAUAUUGCUAAGUAUACAGUGCAGACAGAGCAUACAACCAGAGUUAUAUGUCAAAUUUAUUUUUUCUAUUUGAAAAUUGUAGUCAUUUGAAAAGGGCUGCCUUUUCAGAUGUGAUGUUUACAUGUUGCUACUUUGAAACAAAAGCUUACCUGAAAGAAGUUUAAGCACUGAGCCAUGUUCUUCUUUCCUUGUUUUUUUUUUUGUUUGUUUUGACAAAAUUCAGUUCAGUUGUUGAAGUCUAAUCCUUCACUGAAGCAGGACACCUCCUCUGCUGCGAUGGCACUCCAGUAACGGCUUCGAAUAUGUUUUAGAGAUGUUUAUGAAAUGUUUUCUGUUUUAAUCUGACUGUCCAGAUAUCCUAACACAAGGUUCCGGCAUAGGCUAAUGUAUGAUGGAAAUGUUUGUUUUGUACUUGCUGUCACUGGAGAACUGCAGAAAACUCUAUACUUAUGAGAAUAGGGUGUAUGAAGUUCUGUCUUUACUUGUAAAAGAAAUCUGGAUUAGCACUUAUAUGCUGAAUAGUUCCACCCAAAUGUUAUAACUCAAAUGACCAUUAGAGGCAAUACUCAACAAAAACCUCCCUUUCAUGGCUCUGCAGUGUUGACAUGGAAGACGAAAUAAUCUUUU